AUGUCAAUGGUCUUCCACGGAUUGAUACUGGUUAAGGAGCUUGAGUCAAGCUUACCGGAAAAGUCACCGGAAUCUCUAUCGGCCUCUCUCGAUGAGAUCGCAAAAACAUUCGGUGAUGCAAACGAGAGGCUGAAGAUAUUACUAGCGAUCAAGAACUCCGAGACCGCUUUAAACCAAUCUAAACCGGUGAUGAUUGCGCAUGCGUCCGGUUCAGACCAGAUGUUAAUGCAGAUUGAACCGAGUCUGAUGCAGGAGUACUGGUUAAGGUGCGGCGGGUCCACGUCUUAUCAGACGCAGCUCAUGACCGUUGAUGGUGGUGGAGGAAGGAAUUUGACGGCUGGGGAAGAAUCCCGGGCCGGUGGUGGUUCUUCCACGCCAAGGCAGCGGAGACGGAAGGAUGAAGGAGAAGAACAAACGGUGUUGGUGGCGGCGUUAAGGACGGGAAACACAGAUCUACCACCUGACGAUAACCAUACUUGGCGUAAAUAUGGCCAAAAGGAAAUUCUUGGUUCUAGGUAUCCUAGAGCGUACUAUAGAUGCACCCACCAAAAGUUAUACAAUUGCCCGGCCAAGAAACAAGUCCAACGCCUCAACGAUGAUCCUUACACCUUCCGAGUCACUUACCGUGGCUCACACACUUGCCACAUCUACUCAACCGCUCCCACAGCUUCCGCUGCCGCCCCCACCGCUCCAGUUUCAUCGACAACCGUGACCACCAGCCAUUCCGUUGACAACGGUCUUGCCGUCCUCGACAUGGACGACGCUAUGUUUGGUAGCGGAGGGAUCGGAACCAACAUGGAUUUUAUAUUUCCUUUGAACGAUCCACAUGAGCAUCAUCAUCACCGUUUCCGGCUGGAUGACGACGAUGGAGACAAAUAG